AUCUCUCUCUCAAAAGCCUUUCUUCUUCUCUUCUCAUAGAAAAAAUGACAAAAAUCCUUUUGACUUUGUUUGGUCUGGCUCUAAUUGUAGGCCAAACAAAUGCAACUAUUCAAUGUGGUACUGAUGUUAUGCCAAAAGUAAUGUCUUGUGGAAGUUAUAUGGUAGGUCCAGCUCCAACACCUAGCAAAGAAUGUUGUGUUGGAUUGCAAGAUUUGGCUAAAAUUGCUGCUGCCUCACAACCUGACCGCAAAGCUAUUUGUACAUGCAUUGCAGCUGCCAUGAAAACUGUCCCAGUGGACUUUGAGAAAGCUAAAAAACUUCCUGAUCUUUGCCACUUCAAACCCUUUAUGCCAUUGGAUCGCAAUCCUGAUUGCUCCAAGGUUAUUUGAAGAAGAAGUAAGAAGAAAACCAUCCACAGGCAGAAGAAAUCUAGUCUUGUGGGGCGAUGAUAUUUUUGUGACAAGAAUGUUGUCAAUUUCCUUUUCUGGCAAUUGCCAUCUGUGUUUCAAUUAAAUGAUAGAAAAUCUAUUAAAAACUAUGUUUUACCUUUA